AUGAGGGUUACAACUGUCUGGACUCUGAUCUGGUGGGCUGCCCAGGCUGCAGCCCUUGCGGUCCCAAUUCAGGAUGUUGGUCGGCUAAGGAUUAUCGAGCACCCGAAUCCUGAGAAGCGGCAGCUUUUGCAGGAUAUCGUGACAUGGGAUGGCACGUCCUUGUUCAUCCGGGGGGAGAGGGUCAUGAUAUUCAGUGGUGAAUUUCAUCCUUUUCGCCUCCCGGUACCGGCCUUGUGGGUGGACAUUUUCCAGAAAGUGAAAGCUCUCGGGUUCAAUUGUGUUUCGUACUAUCUCGAUUGGGCCCUGCUGGAGGGCAAGCCAGGCAAUUUCUCGGCCGAGGGCGUCCUCGCACUCGAACCAUUCUACGAUGCUGCCACUGCGGCGGGGGUCUAUCUCAUCGCCAGGCCUGGUCCCUACAUCAACGCAGAGGCAUCAGGUGGCGGAUUUCCAGGCUGGCUUGCGAGGCUGCGUGGCAGACUGAGGACGACUGAUUCAGAUUACAUUGCAGCCACACAGAAUUACAUUCGGAACGUUGCCAGCUCCAUUGCGACGGCCCAGAUCACAAAUGGCGGGCCAGUCAUCCUGUAUCAACCGGAGAACGAGUACACUGGUGCUUGCUGUGGGGUCGAGUUUCCAAACGGACAAUACAUGCAGGACGUGAUAGACCAAGCUCAUUCUGCUGGUGUGGUGGUGCCCAUGAUCAGCAAUGACGCGAGUGCUUCUGGACACAAUGCUCCAGGCACUGGUGUUGGGCAGGUGGAUAUUUACGGGCACGAUAACUACCCUCUCGGGUUCGACUGCUCGCAUCCGACGGUGUGGCCUGAUGCAGCCCUUCCUACGACCUACUGGCAAACACAUCUUAACAACAGUCCUUCGACUCCUUACAGCAUCAAUGAAUUCCAGGGAGGCUCCUUCGAUCCCUGGGGAGGGCCAGGGUUCGCCAAGUGCGAGAUUCUGGUCAACUACGAGUUUGUUCGGGUCUUUUACAAGAACGUUCUUGCAUCGGCGGUGAAGAUCUUCAAUCUGUACAUGAUAUUCGGUGGAACGAACUGGGGCGGUCUCGGCCACCCCGGAGGUUACACGUCUUACGACUAUGCAGCUGCGAUAUCGGAGAACAGACAAGUUGACAGGCAGAAAUACUCCGAGAUAAAGCUGUUGGCCAACUUUGUGAAGGCAUCCCCGGCCUAUUUGGCUGCAACUCCGCAGGAAAUCAAUACGACGUCGGUGUUCACCGAUACGUCUGAUCUCAAAGUGACGUCUCUCGCGAGCAACGGGAGCGCAACCACCUUCUACAUCGUCAGGGACUACAACUACUCCAGUCUAAGCUCAACAUCCUACAGAUUGUUGUUGCCGACGAGUAUCGGGAACUUGACCAUUCCUCAGCUUGGUGGCUCAUUGACUCUCGGUGGUCGAGAUUCCAAGGUACAUGCUGCCGACUAUGAUCUUGGUGGUACAAAUUUGUUGUACACCACUGCGGAAAUAUUCACCUGGAAGAUCUUCGGCAACCGUACCGUUCUCAUAGUGUACGGAGAUGAAGGGGAGCGCCAUGAGCUUGCUGUAACAACGUUAUCAGCACCUUCAGUCAUCGAAGGCGAGCCGUCAACUAUCACGACAAACCAGACCGGAUCUACCGCCAUUAUCACAUGGGACACUUCCCCGAUUCGGCGCGUUGUGCAAGUUGGGCAGUGCCAAAUCUAUUUGUUAGAUAAAUCCUCCGCUUACGACUACUGGGUGCCUGAAGUAUCCGGCAGCGGAGCCAGCAGCCCCUUUACAACGACCGAGUCAAUCAACGCCUCCAUCAUCGUCAAGGCCGGCUACCUGGUUAGACAAGUAUAUCUACAAAGCAGCGAGCUUCACCUGACUGUUGAUGUGAACGGCACUACAGCCAUUGAGGUCAUCGGGGUCCCCGAGUCUUCCAAAGCUCUGUAUAUCAAUGGCGAGUCCGUUCAGUACCGCAUGAACGCGCGAGGAGACUGGUCGACGUGUAUCAAUUACCAGGUGCCGACAUUUACUAUCCCCGCUCUUGAGAGCUUGGAUUGGAAGUUCGCCGACAGUCUCCCAGAGAUCCAGCCUAGCUACGACGAUUCUAGCUGGGCACCUGCCAAUCUCGCGUACAGCAACAACACGGUCAGGAACCUAACAACUCCCACGUCCCUCUAUGCUUCGGACUACGGCUAUCAUACCGGCUCUCUCAUCUAUCGUGGACACUUCACCGCCAAGGACACGACUGCCAAUCUCUCGAUCAACACUCAAGGUGGUUGGGCUUUCGGCCACUCUAUCUGGCUUGAUCAUAGUUUUGUGGGCUCCUAUGCAGGGGUCAACACUCAGAACAACACCAAUGCGACCUAUACUUUGUCUGGUCUCCGGCUGGGCGCCAAUCACAACAUAACAGUCCUUAUCGACCAUAUGGGUAUGGAGGAGUCUGGGGUCGUUGGGACCGACAAAAUGAAGACACCACGCGGGAUCCUCGACUAUGCACUCGCUGGGUAUGAUAAAUCCGCUGUUACAUGGAAACUGACAGGCAACCUUGGCGGCGAGGACUACCCUGAUCGAAGUAGAGGCCCAUUGAACGAAGGAGCCAUGUAUGCUGAACGACAAGGGUGGCAUCUCCCUUCCCCGCCGAGCCAGUCAUGGGAAAAUCGCUCUCCCAUGGACGGCGUCACAGAGCCCGGUGUGGGGUUCUUCAGCACAUCCUUUGACCUCAACAUUCCCACUGGCUGGGACGUCCCCAUGUCAUUCGUCUUUGGAAACGACACCAAGCCUCCCGUGCCGUAUAGGGCCCAGCUAUUCGUCAAUGGCUUUCAGUUCGGCAAGUAUGUCAAUCACAUCGGGCCUCAGACACGCUAUCCCGUGCCGCAGGGGAUUCUGAAUUACAAGGGGACCAAUUGGUUGGCCUUGACUUUGUGGGCUCAUGAGAGUGGUGGAGCUGGACUGCGUGAUUUUGAGCUAGUAUAUGACCGUCCUAUCGCGACAGCUUUGAAGAACAUUGCUUUCGUGGGAGGCAUGGCAUACGCUCCACGGCCGGAAGCAUACUGA